AUGGACGAAAUAUUCAACGCCCUCCGGGAGGAGGAGAGAAAGCAGGAGAAGGGCGACGGGGAUAAGGAUAAAGAGAGCGAAGACAAGGGAAGCGUACCCUUCCGAUCGCCCGUCGUCAGCUUCUGCACUAUGCUGAGCCGCAAGCAGCUGAAGGUUGUAAUAAUAGGCUAA